UGAAGAAUUAUUACUCAUUAACGUAAUUUAGUGGACAAAGUUCACUCAAUAUCAUCUAACAAUUAUCUCUAGGAUGGUUUAAAUUGAAAAGUAUUAAAUUAUUAAUUAAAAAAAACUUAUCACUACUUCGACGUAAAAAAUUAUAAUAUGAAAGAAGGAUUUGUGUCGAAACGAGACAGUUAAUGUUUAUUUGAUUUCUAUUGUUUUAAUUAUAUCUGUAACCUAUCAAUUAGUGAAAUUUACCUUAAUUUACCUAAACGUGAAUACUCUUGAUCACAUAAAAAAAAGAUGUAUGAUAUUUAUAAAAGUGAUUAUGUAAAUUUUGAAAUAGUGAUCUUUUAAAAAUAACAGUAACAGUAUGUGUUUAAAUACUAGUCUAGAUGUAUGACCUAUUUUGAAAAAAAAUUACAAGAUAUUAGAUUCUUUCUUGAUUAAAGGUUUUAUUAAGCCAAGUACGUCUGUAUAUAGUAAUUUUAUAGUACUAGUAAAGAAAAAGUCUAGUAAAUUAUGCUUGUGUAAUUCAACUCUCUUAAUAGACAACCACUUAGACAUAUUAAAAGGUAAUUACUAUUUUUCAAAUAUUUAUCUGAAAGAUGCUUUCAAUUAUAUUGAAAUAGGUUAGUCAUCUAGGAAAUAUACAGCUUUUAUUUGUUCACAAAGUCAAUUUGAAUAUUGUAAAAUUCUAUUUGGACUUUACAUUGAAAAGAUUUAUUAAUAAUAUUUUUAAAGGUAUAAUUAAAUUAAAAAAGUAACAAAUUAUUUUGGUGAUAUUGUUAUUGUUAUUACCAGCAGUUCAACUGCUGGUAAUUAUAGGCAUGUAUAUUAUAAUCAAUGUUAUUUUAGUAAGUAAACAACAUUAUAUACAGUAAAGUCGGUGAAGACAAAAUAAUUUUAUGACUUAUUGAAUAUUUUAUCUACUAUCGUAAAAAAUUGAAAUUGUUUCAAAAGGGGUAGUAUUUUUAAUAUUGAAAUUUUCAAAAAUGUCUGCUUUGCUCGUAAUACAUUAAACAUGAAUUAACAGUUAUAAGCUUUCCACAUGUUAGCGGUCCAGUUGAGAGAUACAUCAGAACUGUAAAAUUCAAAUUAAUACAUGAAAAAGAUGACAAUUGAAAUAAGUUAUUAAACCAAGUAAAAUUUGCUAUUUACAACAAUAUACAUUUAAUAGAUCAUUAAAAAUACUCUUAUAUAAGUAUGCUACUUAUUGGAAUAAAUCAACGUGAAGAAUCUCGAUUUAAGAAUAGUGUUAGAUUGAGGUUGAGAAAGACCGUGAUUUAGAUAAAAUUAUAACUUUACCUAAAUCGCAUUCUUUUCUCUAUAAAAAGAGGCUCAAAAAAAAGAUACUACAAUGUUAUCUUAUUUUAUAUCUUAUGACCUUUGACUAGUUUCUGUAACAAUUUUAAAAUCAAUACGUAGUAGGGUAAUUUUAUGGAUUUAAUCAACAUUUAACAUUAACAUUUCGUGAUAGUCCAAUGUGAAGCGCUUAAGUAAAUAAAAAAAACAUUUCGUAGUAUUUGCAAGUUGAUUCUAUUUUUCGUGAGUUAAAAAUAUAGAAUGUAAUAAGUAUAAAAAAAUACCAGGCGCUUUUUUUUGGGCUAAAGUUUAAAUUAAAGAUGUGAUUAAAUAAAAAUUAAUUUAUUAGAUUUAAUGGACUAACUGUGCUCGAAAUUUAUUAUUCAUACUUAUAUGAAAUAAUACAAUAGAAAGGAAAGAGAUUAUAAUUAAAGUAAAUUAAAAUCAUUGACAUAGUUAUGAGGAGUGAGAGGAUAUAUCCCCAGAGUAAAAAUAUUUAUUUGGUAAAGAUACAUUAUUUUGUUUGGGGUAGUGAAAUUUUAUAUAAAUCCCUUCAAAACCCCUAAUUACGCAAUAGAUCAAAAUAAACAUAAAAAUAUGGCUCUUUUGAGUUACAGAUACUCAAAAUAUAGCAAGUAUUGAAAUUUUUCUUUUACUCUUUGCUACUUGACAUCAUAAAUAUAAAGCUUGUAUUAAUCAAAAGGGAUUAAAAACUUCGAUCGCCUCUCAGAUAAAUUAAAAUAUUUUGCAACUCUUAAAAUUUUGCUCGAAUUACGCCAUUGGUUGAAGAAAGUUCACAAUUAGAUUUUUUUUUUCAAGUAGGUAAAAAUCACUUUUCAAAAAGUCAGAAGGUCUCAAAAGCACUUUCUCUUAUCAGAAAUAAAACCAAAUAAAAAUAAAUUUUUAUUUCUGGCUAUACAAAACUGAACAACAUAAUUUCAUUGUAAAUAACAUAAUAAUUACUAUCUAUACAUAUUCAUUAUUUCUGUAAAACAACUAAUAAUACAUUUACACGUAUUUUACUCUAAAAACAAUGUCCCUUUUAGAUAGAAAAAUUUUCGAUUUAAAAUUAGCCGCAAAACAUAUUAAGAAGAACGCGAAGAAAUUGCAAAAAGAAGAAAGCAAAGAAAGGCGACAGUGUUGGCUGCAUGUGAUGCGAGGCCACCAGGACAUCGCCAGAAUUCAUGCAGAAAACGCCGUUCGUAAUCAUAAUCAAAGUUCAAAAUUGCUACAAACAGGUGCUCGGUUAGAGGGUAUAGUAAAUCGCAUACAAACGGCCAAUAUACAAAAUCAAGUUUCAUCUGCCAUGGAAUCAGUAGUGUUUUCGAUGGCUGUUGCAACACGAUCCAUGAACAUUCACUCAAUAGCACAAACAAUGGACAAAUUCGAACGAAUAACUGAACAUUUGGAAACACGUCAGGCGUAUGCUAAUGACACCAUAAACGAUAGCCAAGAAAUAGACACGGAUCAAGUAGAUAAGUUGAUGGCAAGCAUAACUGAUGAAGCCAGACUAGACCUGAAAAAUUCUUUACCCCAACCAGAAAACACGAAAAUCGUUAUCCCACCAUUACCACUACCACCUUCGAAUACUGAGUUAAAUGAAAAACUUGCUAAAUUGAGAAACAACUACAGUUUUUAGAUAUACACGUUUUUUUAAAUAUAUUUUA